GGUGGUCAGAAAAUGUUGCCUGUGGAUAGCGAAAAGCGUUUCAUAGUAGCCUUUUUGCAGUUUCUGCAGAAAAGGAUAAAUUCCGGUCUUUUAGACUCGGACCAUGUUGAGAGCAUCGAAGUUGCUAUUCAGUGUCUGCAGUCUGCCUUCACUAUUCAAGACACGCAGCUUCAGUCAAAGCCUAUCGUCGACCUGUACGAUCUGUUCUGCAAGGAGUUCACCGAAUCACAGGUCUUGGAACCGACCGAAGAACAAAAAGCUAAAGCGGAAGGUUUGAAGACCGAAGGCAACGACUUGAUGAAAGAAGGUCAAUUCACUGCCGCGGUCGAGAAGUAUACGGCGGCCAUCAAGCUGUAUCGCAACCCAAUUUACUUCUGUAACAGAGCCGCUGCCUACAGCAAGCUCGGAAAUCAUGAAAAAGGGAUAGAAGACUGCAAAAUAGCCGUUGCUCUGAGUCCCAGUUACAGCAAGGCGUACGGUCGUAUGGGUUUGGCAUAUUCGGCCCUUGCCCGUUUCCAGGAGGCGUGCGAUGCGUACACCAGAGCACUUGAACUAGAUCCGGACAACGAAGGCAUCAGGAAUAAUUUGGAAAUCGCUCAAGGAAAGCUCGGUGCGGCGGGAAGCAACGCAAGCCAGCAACAGCAGUCGUCGGCACCGGGUGGUGCAGAGUCGUUUCCUAACCCGCUGGCCGGCAUCAACAUCGCAUCUCUCUUUAGCAAUCCCGCGCUGAUGAACAUGAUCACGCAAGUGAUGAGUAAUCCAGAAAUGCAAAACGCGUAA